AUGUCAGCCGCUAUCACUUCACAGAUUGCUAAUACCGAUGAUUUCUACCCCAACGGUAUACAGCCCGGAGAAAAAGAGAAAAUAACUCCCUGGGUUUUCCGGGAGGCCGAAUUUGCUGAUCUAGGCUGUGUCGAGCGUUGGCCGGACGAAUCAACAGAGUUUAAAGAAUUCUUUCAUCUCUUCAACUCUUAUGUCUCCGAGGCAAACCUCUUCGACACCACCGAACCCGAUCUUCUCCAAGCCUACUAUCCCGAAAGUCAAUGUCGUGACCUCAAUAAGACCGAGCCGGGCUUGUUAGAGGAUCUCAUUGGAAGGAUCGAGACCAUCACUCUUCCUAGAAAGAGCUGGAAGUACUCGACACGAGACACCUUUGCGGGGCUGAUGGUGCUACAGGGACUGGCCCUGAGAACACUCAUAGAUACUAUCUAUCGUCAACUAAAAAUGACAGCUCUCGAACCUCGACUCCACUUUCCGGUAUCAAAUCAGAAACAAACAUACUUUAUCGGUGGUCAAAAGUAUACGGCUAGGCCUGAUUACUCCGUUACGAUCCGUCUUGAGAAUCAACAUUUUCCUAUCCUCUCUUUUACCGGUUGGUUUCCAGGACAGACCUGGAAUGGGUUUCUUGGCGAGACCCUUGCUAUAAUGCUAGGCCAGCUUGCUAGUAACAUCCAAUUCGGAUUACGCGAUCAAGAAAUCUUCGUCCUUGGGUUUUAUAAGCGGCAGAGAGCGAAGAGGAUGGGAACUAAAAAGAGGGAAAGGCGCAAAGGCGAUGCUUAA